AUGGUUUGUUAUCCUAGCUGUGAAAUAACGGGUGGGCCCGCAGGUCCUGGACGACCUCAAAAAGACUAUAGUCGACCUUUACACGUUGAUUGCAGCGUAGAAUACGAAUUACCAAAUGCUGCGAAACCUCCGGUCGGUACGAAAAGCGAACCGCUCCUUAUGAUACAUCCUUGCUAUUAUAGAAGAGCUGAAAGUCAACGUCGUAGUCCUUUUAUAAAUAAUCUACCUUCGAGGGGUUCGGGUAUGGUGGGAGCGAGUCGGCGUUCGAGUCAGGUGUCGCGUUUGGCUCCACCGCAACCACCGUAUCCGGUGAGGGUGGUGGAACAAGCCGCCGCCCGAGCGGAAGCCGUCAUGGCACUCCUGUGGCCGGAAGGUCCGCCUCCACUAUACACGAAACCCGUCCGACCCACCGGUAAACGGGAUCCUCUCCUAUGCGGCGGAGAUUUCAGUUCGGGUUCGGAUUCCGGCAUAAGCGCCGGUCAUUGGACGGAUUCGGAUCGUAGUCCCCUAGCUCCGGAGAUACGCUUACAAAGAGAUUUUCAAGUCGGACCGGAUAGCGGAAUCGCUACGCCGGUAUCCCUGGCAGAGGAUAAGACUGCGCUAUCAAAUCGGCAAACGAUACAACAACAGCAACAAUCCGUUUCCUAUCAACAAACACAACAACAACAACACCAACCACAACCGCCGCCGCCCUGCACUCCUUGCUCUUGCGGCAAAUCACAAUGUAUGGUACCGUCCUAUGACACGUCAAAAUCGUCUAACGUUAUAACGAAUAGUGAAAACCAGUACCUGCCUCAUUACGAACAGACUUCAUUCCAAGCGCCUGGAUUGUCUCAAUAUAGUCAAACUCAAUUGCAGCAAUGGUUGCAAAGCGUUCAAGUUAGCCUAUCGCCCCAAAGAAGACGAGUAGCUCCUGCUGCGCCUCCCCAAAUGCAUAGGUACGGAAUCGUGUCGCCGAUCGUUAUCCAUUAG